AAAUCUCUUUCUCUUCCAAUUACAUCAUUGUCUAGGUUUAUUGCUCUCUUCUCUCCAUCUCCUGUGGUCCUUACCUAUUUAAAGUCCCUCUUAUCACUUUCUAAAUUUCUUUAUAUCUCUGAGUUUCUUUAGAUUUCAGUUUUCCUCUCGCUGCUCUCUCUAUCCUCACAUCCUUGAGAAAAUAUAAAAUUUGUAGGAUAAACAUAAUCCCUCUAUUUCUACUGGCUUAAUAUCCUGUCUCACUUUCACUAAUUUAACUCGUUAAUUAAUUUACAACAUUUUCUAUUUCUCCCUAUUCCUCUCCUUCUCUUCUCUAUUGUUCAAUCUAGAGAUAGAGAUAAAGUACACAGCUUAAGGGUCAUUUUCUUGCGACAUUGUAGUGUUUCGCCUAAGGAAUAAUCGAAGUCUUACAAGAAAAUGUCUAACAGAAGAUCAAGACAAUCAUCAAGUGCUACGAGGAUCUCUGAUGACCAGAUGAUCGACCUCGUUAGUAAGCUCCGUCAGUUUUUGCCGGAGAUUCGUGAACGGCGCCGUUCUGAUAAGGUGUCAGCAUCGACUGUACUGCAAGAGACAUGCAACUACAUAAGAAAGCUGCAUAGAGAAGUUGACAAUCUCAGCGACCGUUUGUCGCUGCUCCUCGACUCCGUUGAUGAAGAUAGCCAAGAAGCUGCCGUCAUUAGAAACCUGCUCAUGUAACUUUCUAAUAUAUUGAUUUACUAUAUAACUUAUAAUAUAUAUUUGUAAUGUAAUGUUGAUCGCCCUUAAUCAUGAAGCGACGUAUAUUUGCAAUGUAAUGUUGAUCGUCCUUAAUUAUGAAGCGACGUGUUUUUCUCUUA